GAGAGUCUGUCAGACAGAGAGCUGUGUGUGUCGGUGUGAAGAGAGAAAGAGAGAGAGAGUGUGUAUCUGAGUGUGUGGAUGUUUUGGUUAUUUUUAUUUAUUUUUUCUUAUUGAGCAACAACCAGAAACUCCAUCUGAGUCUGACCCGGACUACUCCUUGUUCUACCUUUCAGGACCGAAGCGACUUGGCUGAGUGGUUGCCUCUGAUCACAGCUGGACGGAUAAGCUUCAGCAGACGAGCAGGACGUCAUAAAGAGGAUCAGAGAGGGCUGCCGUGUUACUGCUAUCACUACUGGCUCAUCUUCGGACAUUUGAGUUCUACAUUCAGGCUCUGAUCCCGAUCUCCUGCCUAACUCCCCAAGUGGGUCGCUACCGAGGUGACAGAGGCAGUCCAGACGGUCCUGAUGUGGAAUUUGACCUCGGCUGACCCAGUCCCACAAGUAGUCUUUGCCUAAGGAAAGAGAACAAGAAAAGGAGGAGGAGAGGAGCAACUAAAGAAAAGCGAGACGCUCAAAUCAGUGACUGGUCCUGCAGUGAUGCCAGUGGAGACGCUGAGGCCCUCAGAUGGCCGUCUGGCCGGGGUCGCCUUCACCUCAGGCAGACCCUUCAGAAUACUCAACAAGGGUCCCAACUACUUCCGCCCCCCUGCUGAGCCAGGAACCCGCAAGCUGAGUGCUGUGGAGCGCCUGGAGGCCGACAAGGCCAAGUACGUGAAGAGCCAGCAGGUGGCUUUGACUCGGCAGGCGCCCAUCCAGGCCCCACUCAUCCGGAAGCCACUUGUCCCCCCAGUGAUGAUGCCCCAGGGCAACAUGGGCACUCCGACCGCCCGGAAGAUUCCCCGCUGCCCAGCUGAUGUAGAGAACCGGGGAGGCGGCGAGGUGCUGGGGGAAAGGAGACCCUUCAAUCUGGAUAUCCUGAGUAAUCUAAUCAAUGAUGUAUGUGAUGGAGCACAGUCAUUUUCCUCCACCUCCCCCUCUUCAUCGUCUCCAUCGUCAGGGGUAAAGAGCAUCUGCAGCAGCCUGUCUGCAGAGCAGGACAAGAGCAACAGACUCGUCAACAACCUCAACUCCUCAUCCACGUCCUCCUGCACGUCUUCCCUGCUCAGCAAUAAUCGUUGCGCCCCUGCAGCAGAACUGUCCUGUCGUCCACCCCCUGUCCCAGCACGGGUUUUACGGGGGGUUCAGGCCUCCUAUAAUGCCCCUAAUUCAGUGACUGUCCGCAGGGUGGACGUUCGGCCUCACGCUGAGGUGAAGAAGCCACCAAGAGUUGCACUGCAUCCCCACCUGAGGCCCCGACAGAUCCCCCAGGGUCAGGUCGCACACUCCCAGCUCCCGCCUCCACCGCUGCCUCCUCAAUCACAGAAUCAGCCACCAGCCAAGGUCAACACCUCAUCCCAAACUUUGCCAUCGCCUCCUGCCUACCCACCCCUCAGCCCGAUGCUGGUCCGAGCGGGCGUCAUCCCGCCAGCCUCCCCAGCCUUCACACGCAUCUCCAACGCCAGCUCCAAAGGCUCCUCCCGCAAGCACCCAUCUCUGCACCGCUCCAAGUCGGACCUGAGCGACCGCUACUCACGCGCCACUGCUGACCUGGAGCGCUUCUUCAACUACUGUGGGCUGGACCCAGAAGAGGUGGAGGGACUGGGCGGCGUGGAGCGCUUCACCCGGGCCAACUCGGAUAUUGUGUCCGUCUCCAAGCUCCGCAGCGUCAGCACGCCCAGCUCAGAGUGUGGGGACGACGUGGAGCGGAUGAGGGGGUACGGAGGCGGUGACGAGGAGGAGGAGGAUGAGGACGGGCCCCUGAGGACAAAUGACAGAGUCCCCUAUGGGAUCUCGGUCAUUGAGAGGAACGCACGAGUCAUCAAGUGGCUCUACGGCAUCCGGCAGGCAAGAGAGGCGAACAGUGGCAUCUCGAACGUCUAGACUGAUGAUGACAGCUUGUUCGUUCUUGUUUCGCUGCCUUAUUUCCACGUUUGGGAUCAAUGUUCCGGAUCAAUGUUCCGGAUCAUUUGGUAGUUUGUCUUCAGUUUCCUGUGAGGACUCACUUUUACUGGACAAAAAGACAAACAUGACUGAGUUUACGUCAGGGGUUGCAUCGAUUGCAAAUUUCUGGUCGAUUAGCAAUUUUGGCAAAAUACCAAAUGUUUUGCUUGAAGAGUUGGUAAAUUUAGUGUCAAAGUCACUAAGUUGGCAAUAGCGGAGUGACUAUUGUUAAUAUGAAGACGUGACCCUCUUGGCGGGUCUGUCUGUGUACCGUCCCUCACGGUACACAGACAGAACAUCAGCAGCCGAUAUCCAGAUCACAAAAGAUUGGUUUCACAUGCAAGUAUUGGCUGAUUGGCCGGCUGAUCAGUCGGUGCACCCCUUAGUUUCUGUUCUAAAGGCUGCAAGUCAGGACUGCAACUGGACAAUGCAUUGCUAUGUUCUUUUCGUUGAUGUCAUUGGUAUUUCCAAGCAAUAACAGAUUAUUGUCAAUGCUGGUGAGAAUGAAGGCAGAGGGUGCUAUCAGGUUCCUAUAGGUACUGUAAGUGUGCGUGUACAUGUGUGUGUUUUAUACCAGAGUUUGGCAACAGACUGCCAAAGUGUUGCACAGCACAGAGACAAUUGAAAGCAGAGCAGCAAGAGAACCACGUUCAUACUGUGAAACCUACAAGUAAAGCUUCCACAAAUAUGUGUGUAUUUUUAAAAAGUUACAGAGAAAAUGGUUGGCUGUGAGACUGUUCUCAUAAAUGUUUCUUCAGCAUGCAAGUGAACUGUUAGUACACACUUUACCGUAGCACGUCAUAUCAAAAAGAAAGAAAAAAAAAAAGCAGGAAGCGAUCCCCAGGCUUCCAGAUUCACAGCACAUCCACUUCAGUCACAGGGGAGUUUUUAUCUGAUCUUUACUUGUUGCCUCCGAUGCAGUCUUGGAUUACUCUGCAUUGGUGCAGCCUGGGAAAUCGGUUUACCAUGUGCGUCUUGGCACAGGGGGGAAGAGUGAGUCAUACGAUGAAGGAUGAUCUCACAAGCAAACGGAGGGCGCUCGGUGAUCUGUGGUGCACGAAUAUGUCCGUGACUCAGGAAGAUGGCAUAGUAAAACAUGGACCAAUAUUUAUUUGGAAAACAUAACUUAAUGUUUUGUUGUUGUUGUUUUUUUUUGUUCUAAAAGUGGAUUUUUGUGUACAGAGAUCAGGCUGAGUCACAUUUAAAUGCACAUACAGAGACACAUUCAGUGAGUGAACAGAAGGGAUGCGAUGUGUUGCGAGAGAAUCGCAUUAAACUUCUUGUUUGUUGCUUCUACUUCUGUUGAACUGUUCAGUCUGGUCGGGUCUUCCUCUUCACAUGAGAAUCAGCAGCAGCGUGCAGUGGCAAUCAGAUCAGAGAGCGUCUGAAAACAAAAUAUGCUUUUUUUUUUUUUCAGGCACUGGAUGCCCAAAGAGUCUUUGAUAAAGAGGUCCAAAAUGCUUUACAGUGUUGUAUCCUGAAUCCAUUAAUAAAAUAUGUUUGAAUAUUAA